UUUAAAACCCAGCAGUAAAGACUAGAGCAUUUUAGUCUUGUGCUUUUACUCUCACAGAGAAUAACAGAAAACAACUUCUUGAAACUCCAGGCUAUCUUGUGAGGGAAACUGCAUUCAGCUAUAUUAUCCCAGUGGGUACAGGCAACUGCCGAGUUGGAUAAGCUAGUAAAGACUGCAAAACACUGCAGCUUUAUCUUGUAUAUCGGAGUCUGAUUUCCUGCUGUUGUAACUAUGCCACUGUUUGGAACUGCUUCUUAGCCAAAGAAAAAUCCCAAAGAACUAUUCAAAGAGGAGAAACUAGAGACCAGUGGAUUUAAUUAACAAGCAGCAAACUGGCAAACCACCACCUGCUUUUGGAUCAGCGCUUCCUAAGAUGAACUUCACACACCACUAUGGAAUUCAUGAAUCGCUUGACUUAUGGAAUCGCAGCUACGGACGCCGUGGCGGAGGCAUGAAUAGGUCAAUGGGAAAGGCUUACUCUUCAGAAGGGUGCUAUGAGCAACUUUUUGUCUCUCCGGAAGUGUUUGUCAUGCUAGGCUUUGUUAGCUUAUUAGAGAAUAUGCUGGUGAUCGUGGCCAUAGCCAAGAACAAGAAUUUGCAUUCACCAAUGUAUUUUUUCAUUUGCAGCUUAGCUGUGGCUGAUAUGCUGGUUAGUGUCUCCAAUGGGUCGGAGACCAUUGUCAUCACCCUGUUGAACAACACAGAUGCCGAUGGGCAAGGUUUCACUGUUAGCAUUGACAAUAUCAUUGACUCUGUGAUUUGCAGCUCCUUGCUUGCGUCCAUUUGUAGCCUGCUUUCCAUAGCCGUGGACAGGUAUUUUACGAUCUUCUAUGCUCUCCAGUACCAUAACAUCAUGACGGUGAGGCGUGUAGGCAUCAUCAUCGCCUGCAUCUGGGCUGCUUGCACCAUUUCAGGAAUUUUGUUCAUUAUUUAUUCCGACAGCAGUGUUGUCAUCAUUUGCCUCAUCAGCAUGUUUUUCACCAUGCUAGUUCUCAUGGCUUCUCUCUAUGUUCACAUGUUCAUGCUGGCCCGGCUGCAUAUUAAAAAGAUUGCCAUUCUUCCUGGCACUGGCCCAAUACAUCAGGGUGCCAACAUGAAGGGGGCCAUCACUCUGACCAUCUUGAUUGGAGUGUUUGUAGUGUGCUGGGCCCCACUCUUCCUCCACUUGCUUUUCUACAUCUCAUGUCCUUACAAUCCAUACUGCAUCUGUUUUAUGUCCCAUUUUAACUUGUACCUCAUCCUUAUCAUGUGCAACUCCAUCAUUGAUCCACUUAUCUAUGCAUUCCGGAGUCAAGAGCUAAGGAAAACCUUCAAGGAGAUUAUGUGCUGCUGUAGCCUGAGAGAGCUAUGUGAUUUCCCCAGCAAAUACUGAUUGGACAAGCUACUGCACAUAUGCUCAUAGACUGAUGUCUCCUCCAGUGCCACUUUAAA